AUCUCUCUAUAGGGAAGUGAUGACGAAGGCCGCGAUGAAGGGAAUGGUACAGCAGAAAUGAGAGAUCUGACACGAGACUUCAUGGAAACCAAUCCUAGUGUUGUGAACGGCCACCAAGUCUUUGAAGGAGACAUGGUCUUGACGGAGAGCCAGUGGCGAGCGGUCAGGGAGAGGAGGGCCCUUGCAGACCUCUCUGCGCGAUGGCCUGAACAGGGCGGCUUCCCCACCGUGCCUUACUACAUCAAUACUAGCGACUCCGGCACUGUGGCUGCCAUAAAUGCAGGGAUUGCUCACUGGGAGGAAAACACCUGCCUCAGAUUCAAGCUUACAUCCAACCUCGCUCAACCGCACCUCAGGUUUAUUGUAGGGUCUGGAUGCUGGUCGUAUGUCGGCAGGCAGACCACGAAUGGACAAGACAUUUCCAUUGGAAGUGGCUGCACUCGACUCGGCACCGUCGCCCAUGAGAUCGGACACGCCAUUGGGUUCGUGCACGAGCAGAGUCACCCCGACCGUGACGACUAUGUGGUCAUCAAUUAUGGCAACAUCCAAACUGGCAAGGAAAACAACUUCAAUAAGUACAGCACGUCAUUGAUCAACACCUAUGGCAUACCAUACGACUACUCAUCCGUCAUGCACUACGGUUCUACAGGUUUCAGCAACAACGGCAGGUCGACCAUCGCCACCCUAUAUCCCUUGGCGCAGGAGCUCAUCGGCCAGCGCACGGGACUCUCUCACAGGGACAUACUAUUGGCCAACACCAUGUACGGCUGCAUCGAUAAGUGGCUUGCUGUCUGCGGACUGAGCGCCGACCCCUGCCAGAACGGCGGGUUUUAUGGAAAAAGCUGCGCUUGCGUGUGUCCCUCGGGCACCUCAGGGGCCAACUGUGAGACAGUGACGGGCGACUACUACGACGAGUUGACGAAUUCCUGCACUGAAAAAAUAACUCAGGAAGGCACCCUCACCUCGCCGGGCUAUCCAAGCAACUACCCAAAAAUCCAGUGCGUCAAGUGGAUUGAAGCUCCCGUGUGUCACGUGCCCAGACUGACUUUCUCAGACUUUUACCUGUACGGAGAGAAUCCCUACUGCGGCUCAGCUACAGAGACGUGCUGCUACUUUGAUGGUCUGGAGAUCAGAACCAACUACUUGUACGACGGUGAAGUGUAUUGUGGCGCGGACAUCACUGCAGGCCAGACCUUCACCGGAACCGGUCGAGAGAUGAUUUUAUACUUCAGGGCGAUAAGUAAUAAUAUUCGCAGGGGAUGGUCUGCCGAAUUAACCUUUGUGCCGCAGCCGGGAUGCAUAAGCACAACUACAGAACCCACCACCACGACCACCACAGCAACAACCACCACUACAGAACCCACCACCACGACCACCACAGCAACAACCACCACUACAGAACUCACCACCACGACCACCACAGCAACAACCACCACUACAGAACCCACCACCACGACCACCACAGCAACAACCACCACUACAGAACCCACCACCACCACCACCACCAGCCCACCACAACCCAGAUGCUUAACUCAGGAAUUCAACGGAGUGUUCUACUGGUCCUCCCCCGGCUUCGGCAUCACCAACUACCCGAAUAACUUCAACUGCGCAGUGACAAGAUCUUCGACGAGAUCCAUGUUGACGCUGAAACUGGAAGCCUUCACGCUGCAAGGAGGGAUGAGUUGUGUGGAUGGCGUCGAGUUCACAUUCUUGUACAAUCGAACUACAACGUUGUGUGGAUCUCAAUCAGGGAUAGUCUUUACAUCGCCAUCUUUCAAUUUCAUCGCGAGAUUCUUCACCAACUCCGCGGAGACCUAUCAGGGCUACAACAUCUCCUUCACGCCUGCAACCACGAGUUGUCACCAGAUAAUCACGGCAGCUGUUGGUCAAACUGGAACAAUAACUUCCCCUUCAGCAGAAAAAUACUGCGAAUACCGAAUCCAGGCUCCUUCUGGAAGUCGCGUGCAAGUCGAUGAAGUUACAUCCAGAAUUCAAAGUACAACGAACUGUAGAAGUGACUGGCUUCUGCUGAACGGCAGGAGUGAGAAGAUGUACCCGUCAAACACCAGCUUAAUUAUUUGCGGCAAGAAGACAGUGUCUUCACCGCUGACAUCCGAGACCAAUGAGAUGUACGCAGCUUACCAAGGCACCAGCACCAGAAGCCGCGGUUUCACUCUCAAGUAUACCAUCAUCUAAGUCAAACGUUCCUUGAUUUUCACGCUCACUCCGUGGACGAUGCAAUCACUACUCCAAUGUAUCUGUACGGGCACGAAUUCAUUAUUACUAUUCUUUUCAGUUUGCCUCUUGCCCACGAUGUUUCUUUGUUUAAAAUCAUAUCACUGGUAAGUCAAGUCAGCUGAUAAAACUUGAACGAGGAACACAUAUUAAGCAUCCCUAUAAUGUUCCACAAUAGCCGCCCCAAGAAAAUAAAUGUAUGCAGCAGCUUUUGGUAUCGCCCCC